CGAUGAAAGCAUGUGAAAUUGUUGCAAAUACACAUUUGUAUAUUUUUGACAAUCCAUCACAUUGUCGAUCCGCGAUUGAGGAACAACGCGGUCGUUGUUUUGAAAAAGCUUCAUAAAUAAUAUUUUGGCUCAUUGAGAAAGACAUUAUUUCUUGGCAUAUACAACAAAUAAAAGGUUGUAUAAGUAAAAAUGGCAGAAUGGGAAGAAGAUUGGACUCCUGAGCCAGCCAACGUAGUACCCGCGGCAACAGCUCCCGCCCCUCAAACUCGUCAAUACCGCGGUAGGACAUUCAGAGGAAGAGGAUCGAGCUCUUACAAUGAUACUAACUGGAGAGAACGUGGCAACAAUAGUGGCGGUGAUUACCGCCGCAACAACGACCGUGACGGCGGCGGUGGUCGACGCGAUUAUCAGCAGCGAGACUCCGGCAACAAGAAAGUUAUUUAUGUACCAUCGCAUAAAGUAGGCCGCAUUAUAGGCAAAGGUGGUUGUAAAAUCAAAGACAUUCAGUAUGAGUCUGAAGCAAAAAUUAAAAUUGGCGAUUCUAGUGGCAACGAGGCCGACAUAACCCUGAUGGGUUCUGAUACCGCUAUUUCCAAAGCUGAAGACCUGAUCAAUGGUCUAAUUGAAGACUAUAAGCCUCAGUCUGAGAGGCGGGAGGAGACUCACAAUGCGAGCGACAGCAGCGGACAAUCCUCAGACUUCUUUAAAACUUCUGAGGAUGGUGCCCAGGUCAUUGAUUGGGAGAAACUUAAUGCAUAUCAUACUGAACAUCAGCAAAGCAGAUAUGAGAAACUGCAGCCAAUUGUUAAAGAUUUUUACAGAGAGGAUCCUGAAAUAGCUGCUAUGACACCUGCUGAAGUAACUCGUUGGAGGCAGGAGAACUUUGAUAUUCAAGUUAAGAGAACAUUUGAUGAAAAACCUGGACUAAGACCCAUACCAAAUCCAGUUUUAACAUUUGAGCAAGCUUUCCAGGAUUACCCAGAGAUUUUGGAGGAAAUCUAUAAGCAAGACUUUAAACAACCAUCGCCAAUACAAAGCCAGGCCUGGCCUAUUUUGCUCAGAGGCGAUGACUUAAUUGGCAUAGCCCAAACUGGUACGGGUAAAACCUUAGCAUUCUUGUUACCAGCACUCAUUCAUAUUGAUGGACAAACCAUACCAAAGGAAGAAAGGGAGGGCCCAACUGUGCUCAUCAUGGCUCCGACAAGAGAACUUGCAUUGCAAAUUGACAAAGAAGUGUCCAAGUACCAAUACAAAGGUAUAAAAUCAGUAUGUCUGUAUGGAGGAGGUGACCGCAAGGAGCAAAUUAAGGUUGUGGCAAAAGGUGUUGACAUUGUUAUUGCUACUCCAGGCAGGCUCAACGAUCUGGUGAUGGCUCGACACUUGAAUAUCAUUAACUUCUCAUACAUUGUCUUGGAUGAAGCUGACAGAAUGUUAGAUAUGGGUUUUGAGCCUCAAAUACGAAAAUCAUUAUUUGAUGUGAGGCCUGAUCGUCAAACUGUAAUGACAUCGGCCACCUGGCCACCUGGUGUACGUCGUCUGGCCGAAUCUUACAUGAAGGAUCCCAUUCAAGUGAAUGUUGGCUCUCUAGAUCUUGCCGCAGUACAUACUGUCACACAGAAAAUAAUGUUUGUUGAAGAAUCUGAAAAAGAAGAGACCUUGUUUGAGUUUCUGCAAAACAUGGAACCAACUGACAAAGUCAUCAUAUUUUGUGGUAAAAAAGCAACUGCUACACAUAUUACUACAGAGUUAUGUCUUAAAGGCAUAGAAUGCCAGUCAUUGCAUGGCGACCGCGAUCAAAUAGAUCGUGAAGCCGCUUUAAGCGAGAUGGUUGACGGCACCGUCAAUAUUUUGGUAGCCACUGAUGUUGCGUCUCGAGGUAUUGACAUUAAAGACCUAACUCACGUCAUCAAUUUGGAUUUCCCGCGUCAUAUCGAAGAGUAUGUCCACCGAGUCGGUAGGACAGGGCGCGCAGGGAAAACAGGAAUCUCUUUGACAUUUAUCUCGAGGAAUGACUGGGGCAAUGCUAGAGAGCUGAUCAAAAUUCUCUCGGAGGCUAAUCAGGAAGUCCCUGAAGAAUUAGAGCAAAUGGCUACAAGAUUUGAAGCCAUGAAGUUACGACGAGACAAAGAGAGGGGUGAAGGAACGGGCCGCGGACGCGGCGGGCGUGGCGGCGGCGGCGGCUUCGGUGGCCGCGGCAGGAGAGACCGCUGGUAAUUCAACGUAUCGGACGGCCAAAUUGUUACCUGAAGCAGCUUAUAGAUUGUGCGGUGCGGAACCUGAUUAUAUGUUCAAGCUAGAGUAAAUUAUUUAUUUUUGUAUUCUGUGAUAAAUAGGACUUUUGCAUGAAUGGCAGAGUAGCAAUCAUUUAAGCUAGUAUUAAACCCACAACGCGUCCUAACAGUAGUGACUCAAUGACCUCCUAUACUAUUCUGCCUUUCAUGCUCUCCGUUGCAAUCUCAAAAGGUUUCGUUUAGAUUGAGAUAAGGCCUAUUGUCAGUAUUAUUAUGUUGUGUAACUUAAUAGGAAAGUUCUUAUGGAAUAUUUUGUCAUAUUGGAUAAGUCAACAUGACUACUAUCUUCGCAAAUUUAUCAGUUGCAAUGCGACUAAUUCUAUCUUAAAAUUAUGUUACUAAGAUCAAAAGCGAGUUACCUAUUUCUAGAUUGUCAAACAAAAUUGUGAUUGCUAAUGUAUACUAAUUUUGAUUUAAAACAAAAUUAUUACGAUAAUUUUCUAAACUCGCUGUCAUAGUUUCAAAAAAUAGCGGCAAGUAAUUGAACUGAUAAUUUGUAACGAGCGCAGGUUCAAAGAUCUAUAUUUUUCGGUCAAUCUUCCAUUUGAAAACUCUAAAGACUUAUAUUUGUAUAUUUUAUUGUAGUGAAAACAAAAGUAGGAAAUUAAAUGUCCUAUAAAAACAAAAAAAUAUAUGUGUAUAUGGCUAAUUGUCCUGUUAAUGUAUAGGAUAGGUAUAUCUCUAGCACCGCGCACUUUUAGUAUGCGGUAAUAUUUAAUAUUAGUUUUCUUUACUACUUUUACUCUUUCGGUGUGAAUUUAAUUGUCCUUGUACUAAGUACAGGGCAAUAAAUAUUUGUAAGAAAAGUAGAACCUAAAUGUUUUUAAUGUAAUUAGGAUAAGUUUGACCUUUAUGCUGUGAUCUUAAGUGGAGAUACAUAAUAUAUUCACGGUCUAUGUAACUGUAGUAGUACUAGGUACUUCCCUCCGAAGCUAAUCAUAGCUAAGGUGUCAUAUUUAUUGUAAUUUAAGCAUGACGUAAUAACUGUCUUCUAUUUUGAUGUGAACGAUAUUAGAUAUAUCGUUGUGUCUGUUUUGCCAUCUCUUAUUACAACGUUUAUGUGAUCAAAAA